AUGAUAAGCGAGAUUUCAAAUGACACGUCGGUUUCCUUAGUGUCGGCUAACGUGGUGGCGUCGAUGAACCAGCCCGUCUUCGUGACCGCCCGCGUCGGCAGUCUGGCGAUGCCCCGUCACGACGGCGGCGGGCGACCCACUGGUCUCGUGCUGAGUCGCACUUUGCGCUCAGACUCACCGACAGAGGCGGUUCGUGGACAGCGGUAUUCUGUGAUUGAGGAGCCAGAGGAAAUUCUAGAACGAUCUAGUGAGAUUUACUCUAAUACCACUGAUCUUGGUGAGCUGGUGGCUGUGCCCGAUGAGAAGGCGUCGGACAAGGCAGAUGAAUUUGCGCCAGGAAUGCGUCUUUGUCUGCAGCGCAGCUUUUUACUAAGGCCGAGGUCAAACGAAAAGGUAACAUUCUUUAUUCUCUUUGCCAUCAUUCUACCGACAGGACAACCGCAACCUCUGAGCCUGACAACCGUCAAUCCCCUCUUCUUCAAGGCAAAGGUUUCGUAUUUUCAACGGCGAUUCGCCCUGAUCCAACUGCGUGUCAGUGUGCGCGAGAUCACGUGCCCGGUGAUUGGAUGUGUUAACGAGGCCGAAAACCCGCCUCGUCGAAAUCCGUUCUACUCCCAACGAAUGUUGGCCUUUAAGAUAUGUUCACCUAAGCUGACCCUCAAGGUAUCAGGCGACCCGACUCCCUUUCGAUCUCCCAGUGUAGUCGAAUUCGUCCCGACUUCCCCUUCCUUCCCAUUCCUCCACAAGGCCACAAACGACGCUGGUGGGGUCGGUAAUUCGGUCUUCUUUAGCGAAAAUGACGCAAACGUGACUUCUUCCACGACUUCAGGCCGUGGAAACACUGGACCAGAAUCAGGGACCAAUGGGAUAGAUAACGAUUCAGAGGUAAAACAGCAGCCAACAGAGCGGCAAAUUGAACACAAAUUACUCGAUCCCGACAGAUCUAAUGGGGUCAUUUCACCGGGUCGUCCGUUUACGUUUAACUGGGCACUGGAUUUGGCUUUAUUUGAGUCCGUGCUGCGCCCCAUGUCGAAGCCCGAUAGAGUCGGGGUUUCGGCUGUUUUUACAUUCCUCGCUGGAACAACUUUUGACGAAACCUGCUCGCGUCCUUUGCGUUACUCUUGCAACCUUGUGGUAAGUCCCGAAAUUCUUUUCCUCCGUUUGCAAAGCUGCAGCAAACACUCGGUCUUUGAAAACGCAUAA